AUGGAAUCUUCCGCUCUCCUCCCGGCUCGGGUGCCGGGGAGCACCACGUGGGAGUCUCCCAGGGCUCCGUUCCUCUCCGGGGGCUCCGUCAUGUCCUGCUUCCCGCAGCUCUGGCACUCCAGCACCCCGGAAUCCCCUCGCACCCUGCCGCCGGCGUCUCCGGGGGCCGCGGCCGCGCCGCUGAGCCCGGGCGACGGCCGCAGGAAGGGGCGCUCCCCCUGCGGCUCCCCGGCCUCGCCCGGCCCCGCGUCCCCCAAGCCCGCCUCGCCCGUCGAGUGCUCCAUCUGCUUCAACGCCUACGACAACACCUUCAAGACGCCCAAGCUGCUGCAGUGCUCGCACGUCUUCUGCCUGGAGUGCGUGGCGCGGCUGAGCGCGGCUCUGCCUCCCAACCAGCCCGAGGACCUGCUGCCGUGCCCCUUCUGCCGCCAGCUCACCAGCAUCCCGCGCCAGGGGCCCCCGGCGCUGCGCACCAGCAAGGAGCUGCUGGCCACGCUGCCGCCCGAGCUGCAGCGCGAGAAGGUGCUGUGGAUGGAGGGCACCAAGCUGUGCUGCCGGCGCGGCUCCGACGACGCCGAGAACCCCGAGUCGUGCGUGUCCGUCGACGUGGCCAUGAGCAAGCCCGAGAGCGCCGAGGCGGGCGCGGAGGGGCUGGCGGGGAGGCUGUCGCGCUGCGAGCUCUGCGACGACUGGAAGCGCGUGGUGCUGCUCUCGGCGCUCGUCAUCAUCCUCUUCUGCAUCAUCCUCUGGCCCGUGCAGUGCGCGCUCAAGACGGGAAACCUGCGCUGCUUCACGCGGACUGCGGCCGUCAGCAGGCCCGAGCUCCUGCCGCCCAAAGCCACCGCCGCUUCCGUCACGCGGCCGCCGUUCCAGUAG